UCGUAUAUCUUUUCACCCUGAUCUUGACAGAAGGCAUGACCAUCAGCUCAGCUCAUGACUGCCUGCAGGCCGGCGAAGCCUGCACCAAUGACCCCAGCUGCAGUUCCAAAUUCCGGACUCUCCGGCAGUGCAUCGCUGGUAACGGCGCCAACAAACUGGGGCCGGGCGCCAAGAGCCAGUGCCGCAACACGCUGACCACCCUUCUGUCCAGCCAGCUGUACGGCUGCAAGUGCAAACGGGGGAUGAAGAAAGAAAAACACUGCCUGAGCGUCUACUGGAGCAUUCAUCACACCUUGAUGGAAGGCAUGAACGUCAUGGAAAGCUCUCCGUACGAGCCCUUCGUCAGAGGGUUUGACUAUGUCCGUCUGGCAUCCAUCACGGCAGGCUCCGAGAACGAGGUCACGCAGGUAAACCGCUGCCUGGAUGCCGCCAAAGCCUGUAACGUGGACGAGCUCUGCCAGCGACUCCGGACCGAGUACGUUUCCUCCUGUAUCCGUCGGGGCCCUCGGGCAGACCCUUGCAACCGCUCCAAGUGCCACAAGGCGCUGCGGAAGUUCUUCGACCGGGUGCCGCCCGAGUACACGCACGAGCUGCUGUUCUGUCCCUGUGUCGACACGGCCUGCGCCGAGAGACGCCGGCAGACGAUUGUACCUACCUGCUCCUACGAAGCCAAGGAGAAGCCGAAUUGUUUGACGCCGCUGGACGCCUGCCGGGGAAACUACGUUUGCAGAUCUCGUUAUGCCGAGUUCCAGGUCAACUGCCAGCCUUCUGGGCUCCUCUCGGGAACCAGAUGCCAGAAAGAGAACUACGCCGCCUGCCUCUUGGCCUACACCGGCAUCAUAGGCAGCACCAUCACACCCAACUACAUCGAUAACUCCACCGCCAACAUCGCGCCCUGGUGCACAUGCAACGCCAGCGGGAACCGGCAGGAAGAAUGCGAACGCUUCCUGCACCUUUUCACCGACAAUCUCUGCCUCCAAAAUGCCAUCCAGGCCUUCGGCAACGGGACGUACCUGAGCGCCGCCACCAGUCCGUCCACCUCGCCCACCACCCAGAUGAGAAAGCAGGAGAGAAACACCGACAAAGUGGCUGCCACACGCCAGGAGAACAUCCUGGAACAGCUGGAACCCACCAAGAUGUCCGCAGAAGAGAAGCUGUUGCGCGAUGCAUCUCACCUGGGAGCUGGAGCCUCGGACGCUGCCCUGGCAUUAACCGUUGACCUCUGGAUGAUGGUGUGGAGCUCCACAGCCACCAGUACUGUCCUCCUGAUGGCCAUGUGAACCAUCCUGAGGCCUUGCUCAAGACCGCCCACCAACCGAGGGACUUGCUCGGUCUUCUAUUUUCCAACUUGGGACUCAGGAAGGCGGUUGCUCCCAAAGCCAGCGUCCUCCGCAUUGACUUGGCAGUAAAAGAAGAGGACAAAACAAAAAAACAAAAAAAGAAACUCAUCCCGCGAGCUUGUCUCUGAAUGUCUUUCUGGAGAACCAAGGAUGGUCCUCCAGCGAAAGAGUCAACCGUGAAUGUCUUCAAGAAAUCCUGCGUACUUCAUCAUGGACGUGAAGUCACAGA